ACCUUAUCCAUUUAUCAUCUUCUAAACAUUCUGCUUAUUUCUACUCCACUCUCCCAACCCUCCACCAAACGGCCUAACGUCGGACACAAAUUCCCCUCACUGACCACCAAAGGUCCAAAUGUUCGCACGAAUUCAACCCGCCCCGCGCCUCGGAAUACUGCCACCACCAUUUCUGCCGCCGUCUCCUAUUCGCCGCCGACUCUUCCUCUCUCAGCGCCGCUGUGCCUCCGCUUCGUCUACCUGCUUCCGGGUACGUAGCAGCGUGAAGGUCAGUGUCGAUGACAAGAGAAAAAAUUUCAGCGAAGAAUGUGAAGAAUCCAGUUCAAGUAAAGAGGAUGACGUAAGGAGAGCUUAUCCCUUUCAUGAAAUAGAGCCUAAGUGGCAGCGAUAUUGGGAGGAGAACAAGACAUUUCGGACCCCCGAUGAGAUUGAUACCUCCAAGCCCAAAUUCUACGUUCUCGACAUGUUUCCUUAUCCCAGUGGGGCUGGUUUACAUGUCGGGCAUCCUCUUGGUUACACUGCCACAGAUAUCCUUGCUCGACUUAAACGAAUGCAAGGUUUCAAUGUUUUGCAUCCAAUGGGUUGGGAUGCGUUUGGUUUACCUGCAGAACAAUAUGCAAUUGAGACUGGUACUCAUCCAAAGAUCACAACAAUGAAAAACAUAGACAGAUUUCGUGCACAGCUUAAAUUGUUAGGCUUUUCAUAUGACUGGGAUCGGGAAAUUUCUACCACUGAGCCUGAAUAUUAUAAAUGGACGCAGUGGAUAUUUCUGCAACUUUUUAAGAGAGGACUGGCAUAUCAGGCUGAAGUUCCUGUCAACUGGUGUCCUGCACUUGGGACUGUCUUGGCAAAUGAAGAAGUAGUAGAUGGUGUGAGUGAGCGUGGGGGCCAUCCAGUAAUUAGGAAGCCUAUGCGGCAAUGGAUGCUGAAGAUUACGGCAUAUGCUGAACGUCUUUUAGAAGAUUUGGAUGAUCUCGACUGGCCUGAAAGUGUUAAGGAAAUGCAGAGGAACUGGAUAGGAAAAUCAACAGGAGCUGAGCUGCAAUUCAGCAUUUUGGAUACCAAUGGUCUUGAGAGGGACAUUAAAAUUACUGUCUACACAACACGACCCGAUACCAUUUUUGGUGCAACUUACUUAGUCCUGGCACCUGAACACGUCCUAUUGGCAACCAUUGUGUCUGAUGGCCAAAGAAAAGAUGUAGAAGAAUACAAAGAAAUUGCCUCUAGGAAAAGUGAAUUCGAAAGGACUGAGCUCCAAAAAGAGAAGACUGGAGCAAUAAUGGCUGUACCUGCACACGACACUCGUGACCAUGAGUUUGCUUUGAAGUACAAAAUCCUAAUAUGUGGAGUUGUGGCUCCAGAAAAUGGAAAUUUCAAUUACUCAGAGACGGCUUACACUGGUGAAGGUACUAUGAUCAAUUCAUCUAGUACAGAAACAGGGCUCAGCAUAAAUGGACUACCGACCAAAGAUGCUGGUUCUAAAGUCAUUGAUUGGCUUGAGAAAACUGGAAAUGGAAUGAGAAAGGUGAACUAUAAAUUGAGGGACUGGCUAUUUGCUCGGCAGCGUUAUUGGGGAGAGCCUAUCCCUGUAAUUUUUAUCAAUGACACAGGUGAAUGCUUACCAGUUUCUGAAGAUGAGCUGCCUCUGACCCUUCCUGAGUUGGAUGAUUUUACUCCGACUGGGACAGGGGAGCCACCGCUUGCUAAGGCUUCGUCUUGGAUGGAUAAACUUCUUCAGGUCAAAACUGUCGACUCGACAUCUGGUAGAUCUGCUCUUCGUGAGACAAACACUAUGCCUCAAUGGGCUGGCUCUUGCUGGUACUAUCUGAGGUUCAUGGAUCCUAGAAAUUCCAAGACAUUGGUCGACAGUGAAAAGGAAAUGUAUUGGGGCCCUGUUGAUGUGUAUGUUGGUGGUGCUGAACAUGCAGUUCUUCACUUGCUUUAUGCUAGAUUCUGGCACAAGGUUCUUUAUGAUGUUGGUAUAGUCUCUACAAAGGAACCUUUUCAAUGUGUCAUAAACCAGGGAAUUAUUCUUGGAGAAGUACAAUACACGGCCUUCAGAAACUCAGAUGGGAAUUUAGUGUCUGCUGAUACUGAGGAAAUAAGUAACUUAAGACAAGAAAGCGUUACAAAAUCUGGUGAUUAUUUUGUGCUGAAAGACAAUCCCAGUAUACGCCUGAUUGCCCGUGCUCAUAAGAUGAGCAAAAGUAGGAGAAACGUCGUUAAUCCGGACGACGUUGUUUCACAAUAUGGUGCAGAUUCUCUUCGUUUAUAUGAAAUGUUUAUGGGCCCAUUCAGGGACACAAAAACAUGGAGUACCAGUGGUAUUGAUGGUGUUCAUCGCUUUCUAGCUAGAGUUUGGAGGUUAAUAGUUGGUUCACCAUCUGAUGAUGGUAACUUCAGAGGUGGAACAGUUGAUCUCGAUUCAGAACCUUCUAUGGAGCAGCUCCGGGUUCUUCAUAGAUGCAUUAAUAAGUGGGACAAACUUUCUAGGACUAUCAUUGAAGAUUUUGUUCUGUUGCUCUCACCCUAUGCACCGCACAUGGCCGAGGAAUUGUGGUCCCGUCUGGGACAUUCCAGUUCACUGGCUUACGAGCCAUUUCCCAAGGUGAAUCCUGCAUACUUGAAGGAGUCGACAAUAACUCUACCGGUACAAAUCAACGGGAAGACAAGGGGCACCAUCCAAGUCGAGAAAUCUUGCACAGAAGAAGAUGCAUUUUCACUAGCUUCAUUGGAUUCUAAACUGUCAAAAUAUUUGGUGGGGAAAACCAUCAAGAAACGAAUUUUUGUUCCUGGUAAGAUUCUGAACAUUAUUCUCGACCUGCAGCAAGUUAAUGUCGGUCAACGAUAGCUGGAAAUAUUCGAGGUUUUCCUGCUAUGGAAGUUUUUCCAUGUGCCUGAAGGAGGGCUUUGUACUGUAUCUUUGAUGUGUGCAUAUAUUUUGUUGUUUUCAUAUUACUUUUUUCCUUUGUUACUAAUUUAGAUACAUGGUUAAUUUUGAAAUAUGUGGUAUGAUUAGUGGAAUUUUGAAUUUAUAUUAAAAUA